AUGACUUCCGCACAGCAGCCCACUGACCCAUACAAGGCCAAGAACAAGGAUGAGCCUGGUGUGGAGGAGAAGAUCAAUGAUCUCAGCGACUUCAUCCGGGCCUGCAAGUUUGGCAUGUUGACUACCCGCAUUGCCGACUCCGGUCUGCUGGUUUCCCGCUGCAUGGCAUUGGCUGCGCAGGAGACCGGUGGCAUCGACCUCAUCUUCCACACAAACACCCACUCCGGCAAGACCUCUGACCUCGAAUCCGACUCGCAUGUCAACGUCUCCUUCUUGAACAGUUCGGGCUCGUGGGCAUCUAUCUCUGGCACAGCCACUGUCAGCGACGACCGAAGCUUGGUGAAGAAAUACUACACCCCGUCUCUGAAGACAUGGGUCGGCGAUUUGGGCGACGGUGUCCAUGAUGGCAGUGAGAAUGACCCACGUAUCGGCAUCAUCAAAGUUAAAACUAUUACCGCAACAUAUGCUGUCUCCAAGGGCACUUCCCUAGGAAGGGCUGUCGAAAUGGUCAAGGGAGCAGUCACAGGAGAGGUGGCCAAUGUCAAUGACCUGAGAGAAAUUAGCCAGGAGGAAAUCCAGCAGUGGAGGAGCAGCCAUUAG